AUGAAAUUAGUGGUUCUUAUCGCCGUCAUCGUGGCCGCGGCCGCCCAGCAGUCGAGCCGCCCGCCCACGUCGCAACGUGAACAAUUCAGGGUUAUUUAUGAGUGGCGCACUAUCGACUUCGAGUGGGAAUCACCUACAGACCGAGAAAACUAUCUUAAUAACAGUCGAUACAUCCCUCAAAAUGUUCUAAUUUCUGGAAUCAACUACUACGAAGAUAAAAUUUUUUUAACUCUACCGCGAAUGCUGGACGGUGUUCCCGCCACCCUCGCCUACAUCCCAGCACAACAAAAUGAUACAACAGCGCCAAAGUUAAAACCAUUCCCCAGCUGGAACGAUAACACCAUCGGCAACUGCGAUGCUCUACAAUUUGUGCAAAACAUUGAAAUUGACCGCAAUGGUAUUAUGUGGAUUUUGGAUAACGGACGCGUCGGUACUCUAACUCAACAUCCAAGUAUUAAGUGUCCUCCUUCGAUCGUAAGAAUCGAUUUGAAAUCAGGUGAAAAUAAAAUAGAGCGUACACCAUUUCCGCCGGAAACAGUGAAUCCCACUACGUCAUAUUUAAAUGACCUCGUUAUUGACAACCGUGAUGGUGAUUACGCGUAUAUAACUGACAAUAGCGCUGUCGAUCCAGGUAUAAUCGUAUUCCGCCUUAGCGAUAAAAAAUCGUGGAAGUUGCGUGACACGAAGUCCAUGAUGGCUGCUCCGGAAGCGGCGUUAUUCCGCAUCAAUGGCACGACAGUGAAUCUCCCCGUAAAUAUAGACGGUAUAGCGCUAGGACCUCAAUUUUUCACUGAAGAUGGUGAAGUCGAUCGGACGGUUUACUACUGUCCGCUUUCUAGCUUCCACCUUUACGCAAUAAAUGCAUCAAUUUUAAGAAACGAAUCACUAGCGGCCCGAGGCGAACUCGCUGUCCGCGCGAACGUCGUCGAUCUCGGAACAAAGCCGUCACAGACGGAUGGAAUGAAGAUGGACUCAACAGGGAUGCUCUUCUUCGGUCUAAUUGGUAACUCGACCAUAGCGGAAUGGAAUUCAACAACUGAUUUUCGUGUCAAUCAACGAACUAUCGCUCGGGACAUGAACUAUAUUCAAUGGAUAGAUCGUUUUACAUUCGACGACCGUGGAAACAUCUACGUUGUUAUAAACAGAUUGUAUAAUUUUGUAAAAAAUCAAGUAUCUGUGGACGAAGUAAAUUAUAGAAUUCUCAGAUCCUACACAGGUUUGAAAAGUUACAUAUAUGCUGAAGAUCUGAAGCCGCCACAAUCAAACACACCGACGCAAAACGGGGCGGCAUCUAAAACGAUUACUGCUUCUCUGGUAGUACUCGCGCUAGCGCACAUGCUUGCU